AUGCUUUUCGUUGCUUGCGAAAAACACACUCAAACGGAGGUCCUUGAUGAGGGUAUUUCGAAACAAGACAUAAAAAGGAAAAAGGAGAGAUGCGAUGAAAAUAUUAUUAACAGUUCAGGAAACGAUUUGAAAAAAGAGAAAAUGAGCAUUUCGAGUGUCGAAACGAUUUGUUCGUAUGAUAGCAAUGUAGAAAAGGGAGAGGAGAAAAUAGCAGUCGAUCAGAGGGAUGUAAACACAAAAUUUGGAAGCGAAGAGUAUGGAAUUGAGAAAUGUAAAAUUGAAAAGUGCGCAAUUGAGAAGUGUUUGGGCGAAUGCGUAAGCAGCACGGUAGAGGAGGUUAGCACGAGUGGUGCGUUCAAGCCGAAUUGCGCAGAAAACGUUUGCGAUCCAGAAUACAAGUCUAGUGAAAUUAAUAACCUGAACUUAUGCAUGUCUACUCGUUUGAACAGAGCAUGUGGGGAAUCAAAUAUAUCUAAUAAGUAUGAUGUAAAUAUUUUAAAAAAGGAACAGAACGAGAUAGAGAGCACGAAGAAAGAGAGUUUCUACCAAAACAGUAAUAAGGAGUGUUUAUCAUUGAAUGGAAAGGUAAACAGCAACCACUGGGAGGGGGAUAAUAAAGGUUGUAUUCCAUAUGAAGAUGGGUACCAUUCUGAUAAGGAGAACAAUUCAAAUAAUACAUUAAUAAAAAGGAUCAAUAUGGUGGAUGACUAUACACUGAUGAUGGAAAAAAAUAUAGUAGAAGGAAACAACACAGUGAUUAAUGAAGAUAGCAAAAAAGUAAUAAUCAGAAAUAUAAAAGAUACAUAUAAAAGUGAUACAUACAAGUUUAACUAUUUGAAUGGUUUAUUGGAACAGACGUAUAAGGAAUAUGUCGACGUUGAUGGAUCAGAAUUUAUAUACAUAUAUGACAUUUGUGUUGUAAACAAAAAUAGAAAUAAUGGGAAUAAUAAAACAGACGAAGAUAAUAAUAAAGAAGAUGAUAUGUUCUUAUUAAAUGUAUACGAUAUUUAUGUAAGCCUUUUUAAUAACUUCUCUAGCAAAAUAAGCAAGGUCAAAAAUUUUUUUUCACCAGUUGAGGUAAGAUAUAUUAAUGAUUCAUUUCCAGGAUGCAGUGCCAAUUUGCCGAGUGAAGUAGCAGAUAUGUUAAACAAUGGUAAUCAUAACGUGAAUAAUAUAUUACAGAAAGGAAAUAAUAAAAAAAGCAGUCAACUUAGAAACCAUAGUGGAUGCUUUAAUAAAUGUCUAAAGAACAGGGGAGAUACCAAUACCCAUGAUUUUCACUCUUUAUUUAGUGAAGACAAGCAGGCCAUAAAUAAUAGUAAGCCAAAAUUUUUAGAUAAAUUAAAUUAUAUAUUCUCUUCAGCGCUUAAAAGUGAUAAGGAAGCCUGCACCUCCAUAUCUGCCGUUGUAACAACCACAGCAACGGCCACUGCUACCGCCUCUACUGCAGAUGCUGCUACUACUGGUGCUACUACCACUACCACCUACUUGGCAGCUCCCCCUUCUAGUGUGUACAGAAUUAUGAAUAACGACCUGUUACAACCCUUGAACGCAGCAAAAAUACAGCAACACAUGAAAAGAAAUGUGAACAGAAGGGUGUACGAGACGGAUAUAUACGACAUAAUGAUCAUCAAAAAAGGGUAUACCUACGUAUAUAUGCAAAACGGAGAGUGGAAAUGCUUCUAUUGUGUUCUUUUCUAUUUGAAAAGUAAUGCAGCAUAUAAGAGCAAUCUUAUAUUUCAACAUUACUGCAAAAUAUACGACAAAGAAUAUUUCCUUAAUUUAACUAAGUCAUCUGAUACGUAUACCAACUAUUUCGUAGCCUUUUUUCAAAAUACACAUGUUGAAAACAAAAAGGGUAAUAUCGAAUUGUCUAUCCUAAUUAGAAAAAAUUAUUAUGAAUUUAUUAUUGAAAUUUCAAAGGAUAAAAAACCAAAUAUUUUAAGCAGUUCCAAUUACAUUUAUGUUGAUGAAGUAAGAAAUGCGAGCAACUACUUAAACAUUUUUGAUAUUCAUAAUUUUCCCUACUAUUUAAUACCCUUUGAAAUACUUUCAAAAGAUAAUCAUACUGGUAAUAGCAAUAUAUUAUCAGAUGUUAACUCUAAUAUAUACUCAAACAGUAGUAAUAAUCAACUAAAUGAAACUAACAUAAACAGCAAUGUUCUAACAGAUCGAGGUAUAACAAGAGAAAUUCUUUUCAAUUAUGAUCUUCUAAAAGAGUGGAGCGAUUGCAUAUACUUUAUAAUAGAAAAAAUGAUACAUCCAAAUAAUAAUAUGAAUAGUAUCACACAACGGGAUCAUAACGAAAAAACUCAUUACGUAAGUAAGAAAUUUAACCAAUGGAUUGAAGCAUUUAAACAAGAGAGAAACAUUAGAGGUAAUAAAAGAGUUUGCUAA